CCUGCGUCAGGCUCAAACUCACUGAAAAAUAGACAUGAAUCUGUCAGUGAUCAACGACGUAGUGCUGAAAAGAAACAAUUCGGGUGCUCUGUUUGUACGAAAUCUUUUACACAUAAAGGAUAUAUUAAGAACCAUAUGAGAAUCCACACAGGAGAGAAACCAUACAGCUGCUCAGUCUGUAAGAAAUCCUUUUCAGAGAAUGGAAGUUUAAAGGUACACAUGAGAAUCCACACAGGAGAAAAACCAUACAGCUGCUCAGUCUGUAAGAAAGCUUUUUCACAGAAUAGAAAUGUAAAGGUACACAUGAGAAUCCACACAGGAGAAAAACCAUACAGCUGCUCAGUCUGUAAGAAAUCCUUUUCAGAGAAUGGAAGUUUAAAGGCACACAUGAGAAUCCACACAGGAGAAAAACCAUACAGCUGCUCAGUCUGUAAGAAAGCUUUUUCACAGAAUAGAAAUGUAAAGGUACACAUGAGAGUCCACACAGGAGAAAAACCAUACAGCUGCAAUAAACAAUUCGGGUGCUCUGUUUGUACGAAAUCUUUUACACAGAAAGGAGAUAUUAAGAAACACAUGAGAAUCCACACAGGAGAGAAACCAUAUAGCUGCUCAGUCUGUAAGAAAUCUUUUUUACAUAAUAUACAUUUAAAGACACACAUGAGAGUCCACACAGGAGAAAAACCAUACAGCUGCUCAGUCUGUAAGAAAUCCUUUUCAGAGAGUGGAAGUUUAAAAAAACACAUGAGAAUCCACACAGGAGAGAAACCACACAGCUGCUCAGUCUGUAAGAAAGCUUUUUCACAUAAUAUAAAUUUAAAGGCACACAUGAGAAUCCACACAGGAGAAAAACCAUAUAGCUGCUCAGUCUGUAAGAAAUCCUGUUCAGAGAGUGGAAGUUUAAAAAAACACAUGAGAAUCCACACAGGAGAGAAACCACACAGCUGCUCAGUCUGUAAGAAAGCUUUUUCACAUAAUAUAAAUUUAAAGGUACACAUGAGAAUCCACACAGGAGAAAAACCAUACAGCUGCUCAGUCUGUAAGAAAUCCUUUUCAGAGAGUGGAAGUUUAAAAAAACACAUGAAAAUCCACACAGGAGAGAAACCACACAGCUGCUCAGUCUGUAAGAAAGCUUUUUCACAUAAUAUAAAUUUAAAGGCACACAUGAGAAUCCACACAGGAGAAAAAUCAUACAGCUGCUCAGUCUGUAAGAAAGCUUUUUCACAUAAUAUAAAUUUAAAGGCACACAUGAGAAUCCACACAGGAGAGAGACCAUACAGCUGCUCAGUCUGUAAGAAAUCCUUUUCACAGAGUGGAGGUUUAAAGGUACACAUGAGAGUCCACACAGGAGAGGAAAUAUACAGCUGCAGUGUUUGUGACAAAAGAUUUAAAUGGUGUACUGUUUUCAAAAGACACAAGUGUGUUGGUCGUCAGUCCUCACAGCUUAAUGAAAUUCAAACUGAGGAUAACAGAGAGGCAGAGCCUCCAAUCAGCAGCUCAGCUGAACACAUGGCAACAGAAGCUGAUGGAGAGGACAAUGAAUAAGUCUUGAAUAUGACAGUUCACAAGUGAAAAAAUCUGUCUGACUGGAUAAACAUUGUUGCACAACAUUCAUAUAAGACUUAAAUGAACUCCAUCUUUAUCAACAUGAGUGGACAAUAUGUUUAAUGUUUUUGUCAUACUGAUUUUCUGAUUUAUAUGUUAAACACUGACUGUUGAUGAACCAUUUUAUUUUUGGAUUGAGGGCUCCAAGUUUCCAUGUAGAGAUAUAGGAUGAUUUGAUGUAUUUUUCUUUAUUUCUAAAUGUUUUGUAUCAUUGAUCCCUGUUAAUGAGCUCUGUUUUACAUACAUGUACCUGUUAUCUGAUUGUUUUUGAGAACCAAGUCUCUUAAAAUUAGAAUCAAUUGUUGUCAGAAUGAAUAAACGAGUGUGCAGUUCCAACAU